AUGGAUAUUGACAAAAAAGGUGCCGGCGGUCAGCAACUGCUGUCUUUCGAAAAGGGAAUGUCCGAUGACGAACAUUUUAACGUCCUCUUCGGCGAUCGGUUUGCAAAAUCGAAGUCUUGCAAGUCGCCCCAAGGUAAGAAGCUUUCACGACGCUUGAGCGAUCAAGGAGACGGCGACGGCGCCACAGUACCGAGCCCCACAAAAAAGCAGCGAUUCAUUUCAUUGUGUGGCGGAUCCAACAGCGAGCCUGACAACUCCGAAGAGGUUCCACCACAGACACCAGGUAUUAGCCUCGGCAUGAUGUUUUCCAGCCUGGACUUGGACCAGCAAGAGGGUCGCGUCGAUGAUAAUGAUGGACUACCUAUGGUAGCUGGAUCCAAUAUCAACCUGGAGACAAUCUUCGACCCAUUUGAAACUGGUCAGUCGCAGAGACUUUCGCCUGUUCUAUCGGACAUAGAGAGCGUCGGGAGACACGACGAUGUUGAUGUUCCCGCGUAUAUUGAUGAUCCUGUGGAAUCUUAUGGUCUGCGGAGAAACAUCAACCGGCAAGGUGCCACCACCACCCAUAUCGAUAUCGACCAAAGUGGAAACUACGACCCUGCGGAAGAGACACGCAAGAAACUUCUCAAAGCUCGCAUGGCGAGACAGGCCAAACACGUUCAGCAAGCUAAGAAAGAGAAGUCCAAGAAAUUUAAAGGAGAGGCUGAAGGUGAACGCAAAGACAAGUUUAUUCUCAUUCUCAAAUUCAAGGCUAUGGGUAGUGUUAUCAACAUCACUGAUAACCAGGACAACUGGCCCGAAGGGCACUCAAUCAUUUAUACGAACGACGAGGCUGAGGAGGGACCCAGAAACCCAAGGAUGAAUCUAAAAUCCCAAACAGUCCGAGCUUUUGCUUCAGACACUGUGAAGGAGCUCCUCUCUUUCGUGCGAGACGACACUCCGAUCGCCGUAUCGAAUCUACAUAUUCCAGACCCGGCUAGACAGUAUGACGAUCUCACCGCAAUGUGCGACGAAUGCCUCGAAGCAGAUAAUCUCGACUGCAAGGCCAGACCACCGAGAGGAUAUAAGGCCAAGCGCAUCGAUUUGGAUCGAGACCAUUACGGUGAAGACAGGAAGUGGGUAUCGUGCACACACUGUCGCGAAGAGAAGAAACGUUGCUCGCUUAAGAAGACGGCGGAUAAGCCUCCAUGCAAGCGGUGCAAGAAGCAGAGGAUUGGUUGUCACUUCUAUGACAUUGCGCCACAUGAGAAUGACAAAUCCGCAUAUAAGGAGACAAAGGGCAAGGGCGAAGAGCUAACAGCCAGCGAGCAGGUCAAGGAUCCCAAGCGCACGCUCCUAGAAGAGAUCGCACCCGAGACCUCGAUCCCUGGUUCUGACCUCUUCAGCCCCGAGGAUCUUGCGUAUAUGGACGCAGAAAGUUCCGCUGACGAGGAGGAGGCAGCGGAGAAUGAGCCGCUUGAAGAAAUGGAGGAUGCAGAAGGUCAUAGAGGGUUCCUAACCACGAUCAAAACAUCGUUCGCGCAUCCAAUGGUUUUCUCUAACCACCCCGUUGGCCAUUCCAAUGCUGUCAUUGACUGCAACUUUUGUGAGAUGCCCAUCUUCGGCAUGGUCGGGCACUUUGAGCGAGAAGUUCACGUCAUCCGGUGGAGCAAUGGUCUUGGCUAUACAGAGUUCGGCAACGGACAUCGCGAGGGGAAUGAAGCGACUACCAUGUGCCAGCAGUGCACUUGCGACCGGCUUCAGAUUAUGGUAUGUCCUGAUCACGUCAUUCAACCUAUCAGACUUCAAGAGAGUGCGCUUGACUACGAUGCUGCCGCGGAGAACUUGAUGAGUGCUCCACCAGCAUCUUCCCAAAUGCAACAUCAACUUCAGCGUUGGUGCUCAAUGUGUUUCUCGCUUGCGACCCACCAAUGCUGCACCCCGCAGCCAUUCAUCGGGGCCCACGAGGACGAAGAGGACCCGGUAAUAAUGAAUGGGUGUGGCCUGCGGUUUUGCCAUCGUUGUGCACUGGAGUUUGAUCUAGUCUAUCAAAACAACUUGCAUGAUAUGGCUACGGCUCUGGACAAGGAGCCGAAGCCAAAGGACACGGAGGAUCAGGAUGAGGAGGAGACGACCGAAGCGGAAAAAAGCGAUCAGGGCACUGUGAGGGCCGACGUGGGACUGCUCAUGGUUGAUGGACUGCUGAUGAGUUGCGUGGAGGCUGGUACGUCCGAGUGA